AUGGCUCCGAAUGGGCCUCGGGCGCAGACGACUGUCAAAGAUGCCGACAAGCUACCUCCUCAACCACCUAUCCCCGAAGGCGUCGUCGCUCUCGAUCAUGCCGAACCACCCAAGGGUCCGCACCCUGGUCACGUCCAGGUCGCAUGUCUAUUUACCCUCGAACAGAAGCUGCAGCGCAUGUUGAAAGAGCACGGAUGCGAACCGGCCAGAGAAGACACGUACCGGCUGCAAGGCGUGCAGCUGCUGGACAACGUCCGCGAGUACCUUCACCUGCCAGUGCGCACCUUUGAUACGGCGUGCUUCUAUUUCCACCUUUUUCGUCUCUGCCAUAGGGAUGCCGAGUACAACUACCAGGAUGCCGCCCUCGCUUCCCUAUUCUUAGCCUGCAAGGUUGAGGACACCAUCAAAAAAUCAAAAGAGAUCUUGUGUGCUGCGUACAACAUUAAGAAUGCCGAGUUCACAACCACACAGGAUGACAAGAUGUUCGAACAGCCGUCCAAGAUAGUGAUAGGACUAGAGCGUCUGAUCCUGGAGACGAUCGGCUUCGACUUUCGCAGUCGGUACGCGCAAAAGUACUUUGUCAAGGCGAUCAAGACAAUUCUGGGCCCCUCGGCGACAAAGGCGUUUUUUGCGACGACGUACGACAUGGGCAUCGACCUACACAAGACGUUUGCGCCGAUCAAGCAGACCACCUGGACAAUGGCCCUGGCUGUGACUGAGCUCACGGCGCUCGUCACAGGGGCACACAUUGAUGCGGUGCAAAAGGUCAAGCCGUCCGACUGGCACACGACCCGCGCCGACAUUGUCGAGACGAUGCUGGAUCUCCUCGACCUCUACACCCAGCACCCCAAAUCGACAAAAGUGGGCUCGCUGUACGAAGAGCAGCACUUUUUCGACAUCAAGAGAAAGGUCAUGGCGGAAGUGGACACAGGCAUCAAGGAGAAUGGCGCCGACAGGGGCAGCAAGAUCAGCCGCUACCUCGUCUGGUGUGAACAAUGCAAGGUGGAUGAGCCACAGCCGGGUUUCACGCCCGCCAUUACCCCCAGCUUCACCCCAAGCUUCACUCCCGGCUCGCCCGCCACGACGGGCUCGGCGCCGGGGAGCAACCCUGCCGUCAAGCGCAGCACACGCGGCACCGAGGGCACGAUGCGCUUCGUUUUCGACAUGGAUCAGGCCAAGGUCGAGAAGAAGGCUGUGGACUCAUACUUGCACGAAGAGUAUGACGAUGUUGAAAUCGAUCGGGUUGAGGCGAUUCCCGAGGCUGAGCGUCAGCAGCAGCAGCAGCAGCACCACCACCACCAACAACAGCAUCGUGAAAGGAGACACGAAGGUGGUCGCGGCGGUCCCUACUCGCGAAAUAACAACCGUGAUCGUCGUAAGGGAGGACCGCGGUUUUACUGA